UCGGAUAACUCUGCGUAGCGACCAGUAUAUCUUCUCUUGUAUUCUUAUGAUUGUCAAUUAAGAUCCCUAAGCAUUUUCAUUCUCUCUCAAGAAAACAUCAUAUACUAUAUUAAAACAUGACGAGACAGUUGACUCCCGGUGCGCGGUUGCAGGGCAAGGUUGCUAUUGUUACGGGUGGUGGUUCGGGCUUUGGUGCUGCGAUUGCCCGUCGAUUCGGCGAGGAGGGGGCUAAGGUGAUUAUCACCGAUAUCAAUGCAGAGGGGGGACAGAAAGUCGCCGCUCAGAAUCCGGAGAGUCUGGUCUUUCAGCAGAUGGAUGUCACCAAGGCUGAGGAUUGGACGACCGUUAUGGAUCUGGCAUUUUCAAAAUUCGGAAGACUGGAUAUCUUAGUUAACAAUGCUGGGAUAACUUAUCGGAACAAGCCAACGGCCGAAGUCACCGAAGAGGAAUGGGAGCGUGUCUUCAACGUGAACGUUAAAGGAAUCUUCCUCGGCUCUCAGGCCUUGGUGACUCGUUUAAUGGAACAGGGCCAGGGCGGUUCGAUGAUCAAUAUUUCGUCUACUGGUGCGUCGCGGCCGCGGCCGGGGUUGGUCUGGUACAAUGCCUCUAAGGGAGCGGUGUCGAAUGCUACGAAAGGUCUCGCAGCUGAGUAUGGUCCUCACAAUAUCCGCGUCAAUACCGUUAGCCCCCUUCUAUCAGGAACCGGCCUGUUUUCCAUGUUUACCGGGAUGCCUGAUACGCCUGAGAACCGCGAGAAGUUUAUCGGGAAUGUGCCGCUGGGCCGUUUGACAGAUCCUGAUGAUGUUGCAAACAUGUGUCUAUACUUAGCUAGCGAUGAGGGCAGUUUCAUAAACGGAGCAGAGAUGAUUGUCGAUGGAGGGAAGUGUAUCUAGUUACUACCUCCGUCCUCUCUUGGUAUCUUACUGAAUAAUUAUUCCUGAGCAUUCAACCCAAGCAAUACAUGUUGAAAGGUGUA